AUGAAACUACUUCACCAAAAGCUAGAACGAGAUCAAAGUGGUCGAGUCAGUGUUAUUGCCGAAGACAAAGAUGAUCUUUGGACUUUAUAUAACCUUAUAGCCAAGGGAGAUGACAUAACUAUGAAAACUUACAGAAAUGUGAAGAGAGGUAGCGGAGCCAAUGAGAGUAACAGUACGAGAAAGCUUCUUACACUUACAUUACGAAUUGAAGCUGUUGACUUUACACCUUCAGAGGAAGUUAUGCGAGUUAAAGGUCGAAGCAUCGAACAGAAUGAAGAUGUUCCUCAGGGUUCUUAUCACACAGACGAACUAGGACUUGGCAAAAAGAUCAUUCUAUAUAAGGAUGAAUGGGAUGAGGUUGCUUUAGAUACGAUUUCAAAAGCUUGCUCAAUCGAAUCCAAAGCAGAAGUAGGUGCUGUUGUCUUAGAGGAAGGCGUGGCUCACAUAUGUCUGUUGACUGAUAGUAUGACAGUCAUAAGAUCCAAGAUUCAAAAAUCGAUUCCAAAGAAGAGACGAGGUGAUUCUUCUCAGCAUGAUAAAGCUAUUGACAAAUUUUUACAGUCGACUGCAGAAUCGACCAUACGAAACUUGAACAUUGAAAAGUUCAAGGCCAUUGUGUUGGUGUCGCCAGGUACUGUGGCUCGUCAACUAUAUGACAGGAUUUUUGAGAUAGCCACGAAGGAGCAUAAUAAGUCUCUUAUCAAGUGUAAGAACAAGUUUGUGGUUUCUCAUUCUUCUACAGGAUAUCUUCAGGGGCUUGAAGAGGCGCUGAAGAGUCCUGAGUUGGUAAAAAGAUUGUCCGACACGAAAUUUCAGCGUAACGUCCUGAUAUUUGACGAGUUUACAAAGUACCUAAAUGAAGAUAUGGGAAGAGCAUGGUAUGGAGAACAAGAGGUUGUCAAAGCGUCUAAUAUUCCGGGUGCUAUUAAGGUUCUUCUGAUUACGGAUAGUUUGUUCAAAAACGAUGACAUUGGCAGAAGAAAGUAUUUUAUUCAGUUGACAGAUAAAGUGAAAGAUGGUGGUGCCGAGGUCUCCGUUUUCUCCUGUUUGCAUGACACUGGAGAACAGUUGAACCAACUUACAGGUAUUGCAGUAAUACUUAAUUAUCCCAUUCCGAACUUGGAUGAGGAUGACGAAUAG